AUGCCGAUCGGUAGACCUCGAAUACCAGGAACUGAAGAAGAGAGGGCGGGAGCUCGCCGCGCCAAAGUUCGUGCUAACGUUCAAGCUUUUAGGAGAAGGCAAAGAGAAAAGAAACUUGCAGAAGAAGCGGCUACUCACCACACGGAUGAAGCCGACUCAAAUGACGUCUCCGAGGCUGAAACAAAAGGAGAGGAAGAAAUAAGGUCGUUAAUCACAUUCAACUCCGACUCUGACUUAGGAGAAGACCCGUUCGUGGUCUCCAAGAGUAGAGGGCCUUGGUUAUGGGCCAUCCCGUCGGAGUUUGGUGUGAAAUUGAUUGGGACGAAAUAUCAAGAUGCUUUUAUCCAGAUUCUUCAAGAUCGAUAUCUCCCUUCUCAGACGAAUCUGCCGCGGAUACAGUACGAACCCAAGAAGAGAUUCUCAAUCUGCUGUUCGACUUGGAUAACCUCAGCCACACUGGAGGUGGGCAGACCGGAGUGCAAAGUGUUGAUGCAAACCCUCCUAGCUGCUUCAUUGGCAAUCAUCGGAAGAGAUCAAAAGGACGAAGAGAUGACCCUGCAUGCAGCCUUUGUGCAGACUCAGGCCCUGCAAAAACUGCGCCUCGCUUUGACCAAAUAUUCCCAGGGAGACAGAAGUAUAUGUCCAACCAUGCUCUCAUUGACGGCUUUGACAUGUGCAAUGUCAGAGCUCAUCGCCAAUCAGUCUUGGGAUAAUUUCAACCGUCAUAUUCAAGGAGUUGGUGCUCUGAUAUUUCACGGUGGUCCCGAGGGCUUGAGUAAUCAGUCUGCGCAGGAGCACUUCUACGGGUACCGGGCAUUGCAAACCCCUUUCUUGUUCAUGAAUCGACAACGAGCAUUCCUUUCAAGUCCUGAAUGGAUUUCAUUUUCCUGGAAAAAGGAUCUUGAGCUUGCACAACACCCUGUGCAUACCAUGCUUGAUAUUGGACUUAGGAUCCUACCUGAGCUGGUAAAGCAGGAUAUGCCUAAGAAAUGGACACUUUCAUCUCUUUGGGAACGCCUUGAACGAACAAAGGGCGUCGCGCGUGAAUUGACCGAAUGGGAAAACACCUUGCGCUCGCAACACGGAGGGGCCCUGUACAAACUGAGACCUGCAACGUGGGUUGGUCUCGAUAAUUUUUGUUUUGAUUUUCCAUUACUGUCCACUGCGAUAGCAUUCACUGUGUACACGGCCGUUCGAAUUCAUGUGGCAGCUCUCAUAGCCACAAUUGUCAAUGACAUCCUCAUUCGCGAACCAGAUGCUGACGUGGAGCGUGAGCCGGCUGUGCUCGAAGCAUUACGUUGGUCAAGAACUGCCUGUCAGUGCCUUGAGUUCUUCCACACAGGCAGAGUCAAAAUCGCUGGGCGCAUCGUCACCCUCUGGCCACUGGAGACUGCUUGGGAGUUUUGCGCGAGAACACAAGCCGAAGGAGUCUUGAAUGUUUCGAGGGAGAUAGCUUGGUGUCGAGGAACAGCGGAGAAGCUUUCAAAAAUGGGCAUCCCCCCGUUUCAGUGGAGGUGA